UCAGGUGUAUUGUCCCAGGUGUGCAACCUGCCAGGUAAGGGAUCCUAUUGCUGAAGGCGAGAGGGAGAGCAGCCCUCCUGUAACCUGUGUAAAGGGAAUGAGACAAACGGUAGAAGAGGGUUGAAUCAGAGUGUCUUCCUAUUGGGCAAUGCAGCUCCUAAUCCCACACCCUGCUGGUAGGUAGCUUGGAUGUUCUUAAGGGCCCCAGAAUGAAUGAUGCAGAAGUGUUUGUGACUGGUGGGGAAGCAGGACCCUUCAUGGCGAGGGUUCCCAAACAGCGCUGCCUCUCUGCCUUGGACCCACGGAUGCCCAGCGAGGAGGACUUGCACAAUGAGGAGCUGGAUGGGUUCAUUGCGGUGCCGCUGCGCAGAUCCUGCCGCCUUCGGUCAUCCAUGCACACGAUAGAUGCAUUCCGCCGGCACAGCUGGGAGCCAGGCAAGCGAAUGCAGGAGAUGGAGGCAGACUAUGAGGAUCUCAGCCAGAGUUUAAAGGGUCUGGACCCUGAGGAGAUAGAAGGGAAUAUGGGGAACAGGAGGGACCCCCGUCGCACUCCGAUCAUCAGCAGCACGGAUGAGCUGGAGUCCUGGCUUUCUACUCGAGGGGAGGAUCAGGAAGUCACGCAGGAGGAACACGCCAAGAAGCUGCAGGCCUACCUCUUUUCCCAGCAAUAUCUGUACAACCCCCUCUCCAAAUCUGUCUCUAUGUCCGGCAUCGACCGCCCCUUCUGCUACCCCGACGAUGUGACCCUCUAUUCCCAAGGGAGGCACCUGUCCAACGGCGCCCUGAGCUGCGGAGAUUUCGAUGCUCUGGAGACCGACGAGAAGGAGAACAGGGAAAAGGAAGAGUCGCCUCUGGGGAGGACCCUGAGCUUCAUCCGAAAAAUGGCCGGAGGGAAAGCCAAGAAUAAAGAAAAAGAGAAGAUGAAGGAUUCCAAGGACCCCCGGUACACCAACGGGCACCUGUUCACCACCAUCACCGUGUCUGGGACGACCAUGUGCUUUGUGUGCAACAAGAGUAUAACCGCUAAAGAGGCGCUGAUUUGCCCCACCUGUAACGUUACCAUACACAACCGCUGCAAAGAUGCCCUGCCCAGCUGCACCAAGGUCAAACAGAAACAACAGAAAGCCGCUUUCCUGAAGAACAAUUCUGCCCUGCAGAACGUCUCGCUGAGGAACAAAACCACGACGCUUCGAGAGCGCCCCAAUUCGGCCAUCUACCCCUCGGACAGCCUGCGCCACUCUAUCCUGGGCUCCCGCCGGGGCCGGGCGUCUCUUUCUCUGUCUAAAAGUGUCUCCACCACCAACAUUGCAGGGAACCUGAACGAUGAGAGCCCACUGGGAAUCCGCCGGAUCCUCUCCCAAUCUACCGACUCGCUCAAUAUGCGGAACCGGACUCUCUCUGUGGAGUCGCUCAUCGAUGAAGGCGCCGAGGUCGUGUACAGUCAGCUGAUGAGCGACUUCGCCACCGAGGAGAAGGAAUUCGAGGCGGAUUCGUGGAGCCUGGCUGUGGAUAACAACUACCUCCAGCAGCACAAGAAAGAUGUCAUGAAGCGGCAGGACGUGAUAUACGAGCUGAUCCAGACGGAGGUUCACCACGUGCGCACCCUGAAGAUCAUGACCAACAUAUUCCGCAAGGGGAUGCUGGAGGAUCUGCAGAUGGACCCGGCGCUGGUCAAUAAGAUGUUCCCCUGCGUGGACGAACUGAGCGACAUUCACAUCCGAUUCCUCAUUCAGCUCCUGGAGAGGCGCAAAGACUCGCUGGCGUCCGACAGCAACAAGAACUUUGUCAUCAACAAGCUGGGGGAUAUCCUCAUUAACCAGUUUUCAGGCACCAAUGCCGAGCGGAUGAAGAAAGCCUACACGGAAUUCGCCAGCCAGCACCAUAAGGCCAUGAAGCUGUACAAGGAGCUCUUCUCCCGGGAUAAGAAGUUCCAGCAGAUGAUACGGAAAAUGACCCGCUCCCCCCUGCUGCGCAGGCACGGCGUCCAGGAAUGCAUCCUGCUAGUCACCCAGCGCAUCACCAAGUACCCCGUGCUCCUUGACCGCAUUCUGCAGAACUCUAAGGGCGAUGAGGAGGAGUACCUAGACCUGGCCGAAUCCUUGCGGAUGGUGAAGGAGCUGAUUACGACGAUUGACCAAGACGUGCACAACCUGGAGAAGAGCUUACGCUUGCAGGAGAUCUACCAGCGAAUAGACAGCAAGUCUGUGGCACUAGUAGAUGGGGACCACAGCUUUAGCAAGGAGGAGCUGCUGCGCCGGAAACUCAUCCACGAGGGGUCGCUACUGUGGAAAACGGCUGCUGGGCGCUUCAAAGAUGUGAUUAUGCUGCUAAUGACAGACACCAUGAUUCUGCUUCAGGAGAAAGACCAGAAAUAUUAUUUCCCAACGCUGGAUAGAUCUCCCGUCAUCAGCCUGCAGAACCUGAUAGUGCGGGACAUUGCCAACCAGGAGAAGGGCAUGUUCCUAAUCAGCGCCAAGCCCCCCGAGAUGUACGAGGUACACGCCGCCUCCCGCGAGGAGCGCAACACGUGGAUGAAGCACAUCGGGCAGUCGGUCAAAGUGUGCCCAAAGCGAGAGGAAUUCCCGCUGAUCGAGACAGAAGUGGAGGCGAAACUACGGAAGCUGAGAGAGGUGAUUCAGCAGAAGGACCGGGAGGUGUCGGAGCUCCUGGAGGAGAAGGUGACGCUCUUUUCCAAAGUGGUGCAGCUCCAGGCGGGGGAGAAUUCCCAGGGGCCCGGCAUCGGCGCCCCCCGCUGCCUCUUCCGAACCGACUCCACCGACACCUACAGGGGCGAGAAGCUGAUCGGCGACACCAUCAAAGAAGUGGAAGCACUGAAAGACGUGAUCAUUGGGGCUGGCAGCGAACUGCCUCUUCUACGGACGGAACAGAACCACCCAUUGGACACUUCCAACAGCCAAUCCAGAGAUUCCACAUAUGGGGACACAAACGCCGUCAAUGGCUCCUGCGAUGUUGCCAAGGAGGACGAUCCAAAGGACCGGAACGGAAAUCAGCUCCAAAACAAAAGCCCUCGUGAGGACGCCCUACAGAGGAUUGUCAAUAUCUACAGCUUUCUACAUGGGCUGCAGGCGAUGGUCAUACAACAGGACACGCUACAAGACGCGCCGCUCCAGGACGUCGGCGACAAGAAGGAGCGCCUGUGCCGGACCAACUCCCGCGAUCCGAUUCUGAUAGAACCCAAGAGCGCAGACAAACAGACGGAGCUGACUCUGCUGCAGCGCCAACACACUCUGUUGCAGGAGGAGCUGCGCCGGUGCAAGCGGCAGUGCGACGACAGGGCGCAGGAGGCGGGGCUACUGGAGACCCGGCUGAGGGAGAGCGAGCAGAUCCGGGGGAGGAUGGAGCGGGAGUUGGAGGAUGGGAAAAGGCAGCUGCUCCUCCUGAGAGAGAGAAACGACGCGGGGCUGGAGGGGGCCAGGAAUCACAAAGUGUUGGAUCCUCGUAGGCGGAGCUUGCCCGCGGGGGACGCCCUGUAUCAGACCUUCACUCCGCCCCCGGUUCACGUGGAGAGGAGGGUCCCGCUGGUUCUGGACGGCCCGGUCCCCAUCAUUACUCUGCAGGACGACUCGGACCUCAAAGAUGACUUCAGCGAUCUCACCGAGCUGGAGAAACUGCCGGCCAUGGCGGAAACGGAAUGGACGGAGGAGGAGGGCGGGGGGCCCCCAGCUUCUCCCUCCAGCGCACGAGAAUUCCAGAGAAUGCAGGACAUUCCAGAAGAGGCAGAGAGCGUUCAGGAGCUGAGAGACGCGGAGCAGGGAUCCUCCGAGAGCUAAAGAGACGGCCCCACUACAGACACGAGACGGACGGACGCGCUGCUCUACGAGAGCCCCUCGGGGGAGCAGUGAGAGGAGGGGGGAGGCCUUUGCUAGUGACGCCCCUGUAUCCGACCCGCGCGGCGACUUCCCAGCAUCCGAAGGGGGCGCCACCUGCGAACUGGUCCAGCCAGGGGGAUUGUGGGGCAGCGUUUUGGCACCGCCCCCCUCGCCAAAUCUUCCACACUCUUACACGACCGGAGCAGGCAGAUCUGCCCCACAGAGGGUUAAAAAACAACAAAAAAAAGGACUUUUUAUUAAAUAUCGGACUUUUUUUUUCCAAACCUUGGUAUACGAAGACGCAGUAUCACUACAAUUUAUAUGGCCGCUGCAAUCAAUAUGGCGGCUCCAACCCCCUCAUACACCGCAGGACCAUGGCCCCGCCCCCACAGGCUGCCGAUUGGCCACCAUGGAAAGGUUGAAAUUUAGGCUUCGCUUUGUGCAUCUCCAUAUCCUUCCCCCCCCCCAAACCGCUCUCUCAUGCCCCUCCCCCUUAUUUAUUUAUCAUUUUAAUUAAAAAGUAACAUUUUUAAGUUAUUUUCUUUUUUAUCAUUUCCAAAAGCUGCCCCCCCCCCUUUCUCUAUUAGUGGAGCCCAACCUUCAGCUUUCUGAUUCGCCCCAGGCUCUGUGGGGUUAAUCAGAUGGGGGUGUAUUAAAUCCCAUAGGUCGGAACAUCCCGCUCACACAGCUGCUAAGGCAAAUGGCUACUGGCCAAUCAGGAACACUGACACAAGCAUUUCACUCUGGGAGCUGCCAUGUUGUUGGCUGUUGUUCUGCACAGGCAGUUUUUGGCCACUAGGUGUCGCUGGUUACAUUCCCACUCUAUGGAGGGGAAGAAACAUGGUAAACCCGCCCCCCCCCCCAGGGGGCAGUUACGCAGACAAGGAAUGUUCUGUGCUCAUCUGUGGCCCCAGGGCAAAACUCAGGUGUGGCUUUACAAGGGAUACCAUGAAGGAUGCUUGGGAGUUGUAGUUCCUUGCCAUAGAAAAAACGCUUGUUCGGUCUUGCAGGGCUGCGUUACACUAACCCCCGGGUAUUGCCCCAUCAUGCCCCCCCCCCCCGAUAUUUCUGCAUUUUAUUAUUUUAUUUAUGUUUAAUCCGGGCGGCUCUUCUGUAAAUACAUCAUCCGAGGCUGAAUAUUAUUAUUAUUAUUUCCUUGUUUCCAUUCGCCAGGAUCUUAUUUGUAAGCAACUGUCAGAACUAGUGAUUUACCCACCAUGCAUUGCAUGCAGAGCCACUUACCCGGAACUCUGGGUUCUCUGUACUUCCUGCUCCUGGGCUGCUCUCUCUCCCAUGGUCAGGCAGGAACCUGCCCCUGGGUAAGUGAAUCCAAUCUCCCCCCAGUACUUACCCAGGUACAGAGCUCUGAUUCUCUGUACUUCCUGCUCCUGGGCUGCUCUCUUUCCCAUGGUCAGGCAGGACCCUCCCCCUUCUGGGCUGCUCUCUUUCCCAUGGCAAGACAGGAACCUCCCCCUGCUGGGCUGCUCUCUUUCCCAUGGCUAGGUACUGGGGAAGAGGUGCCAGUGUGAGUCUGGGCCAAUACAAUGGCAAAGCCCCAGUUCACGUGACCAGGUUCCAGCCUAUCAUGAGAAAGCAACCCAGGAAGCUGAAGUACAGAGAAUUAUAAACAAACUGGGGGGGGUACUGGCUUUAUUGCCCCGGGGAGGCACAUUAUGGGGGGGGGGGGGGGGGGCAGGUUCCGUGUAUAAUGUACUUACCCUCACACAGUAGAGAUGCUGACAGGCUUGUGUAUCGGGCGCCCAAUCACACGGCCCUGGUGCUACUAAGGGGCAGCCUAUGGGGGGAUUGGGUUGUACAUAGGUAUAUACUGUAUAUACUCGGGUCUGUGAGUCCUGCUCUGUCGGUUCUGGAACCCUCAAACCCACACAGAACUUUAUAUCCUGCUUGCUGGUCAAUAAACUGUAUUGAUACUGUG